UAGUGGAAUUCAAUCAAUUGACUUUCGAAAAUACAAACAAGAGCCAAAAGAAGGAAGAAUAAUAAAAAUGAAAAUGAGCUCUAUAAGUUCUCCAUUGAAAGGUCCAUUGAUUCGGAGGAUCGCGCCAGCUCAAUAGAAGGAGACAUCAAUGACACGUACCGUUAUAAGAGAGAAACAGACACGCCACAAGAGCGCUCGCUCUCCACGUUUUUAUGGCGUUUGCCAUUGCUUCAUCUUAUCGAGCUUUCACACGAAAUCCAGGAAAAUAUUAUGCGUUGAUCAGAUAAAUGGAGCGUAUAUACGGUAAGAAACGUAUGUACAUAGAAGAUAAAUAGAACAAAAUAGCGUCUCUUUGAUGUUAAGAUGUCACACACGCACGUUGGAGAUAAGAAAUGAUACAAAAUGAAAGAAAUGACGCGAUAGCAGAUCGAGCGUUCGACCGGUUGGUGAUUCGCUCCUUGAAACGAAGUAUCUCAGUAGAAAGUAGACUCUAGCUCUCCGAAUGGUUAGUACGCGAGGCAACGCACCUCCAAGUGGCUUUGCCUAAGUGAUUUCAACCUUCUUUUCAGAAGAGAAAGUAUAUGCGCUGCAUUGACUGCCUGCACGUACCUUCAUUGAGUCGAGUCGCGUGUUUUAUUUCAAUUCUUUACGAACUCGUCGAAUCUAUCAACGUUCUUCCGGUACCAAACGCUGACUAAGACUCAAUAGCCGUCGAUAAUCAUCUAAUAAAUCUAAUGGAAUUUUUACGUAAAAUUACUUUUCAACUUCUGAACUGGAACUCCAUUUUUUAUGCCUCAUCCUUUUUCCUUCUUUUCUUUUUAGAAUUUCAGCGAAUCAACGAAAUCUUGCGUAUUUUUUGUUUGUAUGGAAUGAAAUUAUUUACCGUUAUUUAAUUUAAAAUAAGAUUUUUCUCUCUCGUAUUAUUAUGAUGAUUGUAACUGGACGUGUUUGAUCGAUUUAAAUAGCCAUGCGUAGAACGUUUGUCGAUACGAUAUGAUUCUAUUGUUUGUUGUAACAAAUCUACGAUGUCAAUGAUUUCCAAUUUAAAUGAUUCGAUAUUGUCCUUUUACGAUGGUCAGUCUCAUUGUUUAGUCACAGAUAUCUUGGUACCUGGUUAUACUAUAGAAGAGGAAUUCAUAAGACUUAUUAGAUUUGCGAGUUUUAAGAAAAUUAGAGAUUUCAUUUCUAAGAUUUCUAGCCAUUCAAUAAACUUACAUUAUCCCACGUUCGACUUAAAAACACCCCUUCUAGAAGUUAUUCGUCGUGGCGAUGUUCAUAUUUUGGCAUUACUUAUCGAAAAGAUCCCAGUCUGUUUGGACGAUACGACAACACAACCUUAUGGUAAAACUAUUCUUAUGAGUGCUGCAUACACUACCAAAAAUCCGGAAAUAUUACAAUUGCUUUUAAAAAAAGGCGCUAACAUCAAAAAGCUCGAUAAUCGUGGUUGGACUUGUCUUCAAUAUGCCAUAGUUGGAGAAUGUCUAAGAAAUGUGGAAAUUCUUUUGGAUUUCGGUUUGGAUAUCAAUGUUCGAGAUUACAAUAAUCGAAUACCGCUAAUGAUAGCCGUUCUUUUUUCGAAUGUGGACAUUCUUUUGCUGCUCUUGAAUCGUGGCGCCGAUAUUACAGCUAGAGAUCAAACAGGCUUCACGGCCUUACACCUUGCGAUCUUGCGAAAAAAAAGAGAUGCUGCUAUUCUUUUGAUUAAAAGAGGAAGCGACAUUAGCCUGCCCACACCGCUGACCAAGAUCUCGCUUCGAAAAUUGUCCGAAAUUACAUUGCCAAAACUGUUACCAUCUAUUCAAUACGAAGAAGAUGCUCUCGAUUGCGAGGAUCAAAAUUGAAUGUGAAAAAUGAUAAAAUUAGUUUUUUUAUUUUGUUCACCGAAGGAUUCUUCUUCAUAUUCUCAAAGCUAAGAUGCGUGGCUAAAGUUUGCACUUCGUCAUCUGUAAUCCUUUUGUUCAGAAAAGUGGCUACUUUCUUGAUUAUAGAUGGAAGAUCCUGCAAGCAAAAUCUUUUUUUAAUAGGAGCACUUUAUAAUGUUUGAGAAAUUGGUAACAAGCAAAACGAUCUGUUUCACCUUCUUUUUCUUUCAUUUAACGUAACGUUUUAAGAGUCGACGUAAAACGAUUGUAAAACAUUAAGAAAAUAACUCGUUCGACAUGCUCCCAAUACGGAGCGUAGGCAACUGGCAAAAAAGAUUAACAGUAUAAUGUACGAUGUUAAGAAAAAGCUGGCAAAAUUCAUUGAAAUCACCUCGAUAGCCUUCAACCAACUUGCCAUGAUGAAAAUAGGAGAUACAUGUGUCCUUUGGAUUCCUGAUGACAUUGAUAAUGCGCGCUUUCUUUUCACCCAUUCUUAAUUGUCGCGGAAGGAGAUGAAAUGGCAGAUGGGUUUUGAUAUAUCUUGGACUGAGUUGGUUUUUUAUGAAGUUCACGCUAUUUUGCAUUACCUCGGAAUUCAAUGAAUUUGGUAUAUCCAACAAGAACUUUUCGAAGUCGUAGAUAAUUGAGACCCUACCGUAAUCAAUUUUUCUUUAUUUAUUUUAACGCUAAGCAGUUGAAAAUUAAUACAUUCCAAUUUUCAAACUUACUCUAAGAAUGGAAAUCUUUCAAACAAUAAUUGUUUUGCGCCUUGGAAAUCUAAAUCGUUACCAAUACACCAAACCAUUUCCUGCGUCCAUGUGGUACCUAUUAUUUGUUUGUUUUAUAAAAGACUCAUUUAAUAAAAAAAGUAAAGAAUUCAAAGACUAA